AUGCUCUGUGUUCUUGAAGCCCACCAGGUUGACAAAUCCAAGCCUGACCUUAUUGUCCCCACUGAGUUUGGGCAAAGCCUUACAGGAAUCCCAGCAUAUACAACUCCCUAUCCUAACCAUUGCACAACUAUUCUACCGAAUACUGUGUCCUUGCUUCUUCAACAUAAGGGUCCAUCAACGACUCUUUGGACUGUUGUGUAUUUGGACCCACAGCAUUUUGGUGCUCUCACAAUUCAGAAGACACCCACUUCUCUCCACAUUAAUUGGGGAGACUCCAUAAAGCACCUGCAACCAAAGAAGAUGAUUCAGGGGCUUAAGAAAUGGGCUGCACACAACUUUCCAAAUUACUGCAUCACUUUUGCGCAAGAUCUUAUCUGUAGGCAUCAAUAUAAUACCUUGAGGCAUCAUAUCUUUGGUGAUAAGCUAUGGUCUGAGAAGACUUGGGAAAACCUUUGCAUCAAGGAGUUUCUUGCUGUUAUGGAACACCAUUUGCAAUAUCUUAAACAAGAAGACAAAUUUCCAGGCUCCGCUCACCAUUUUCUGCCCUUCAAGCUAUAUCUGGAGGACAGCGGUGCUGAGUCUGAUUUUGAAAUUCUUGAGCAGGCUCCACCCACAGCACCAGUGGUGGCCAGGGACAUUUCAUCAGACGUCGAUGUUGUAUCUUCUGCACUUGGCAAUCAGCUAGAGAGUCCCUCUCAUGCACCUCCAGCAACAGCAACUCAGGCCAUCCUUGCUCCUCUUGUAGUUGCUGAUCUGUCGACUGGUUCCAAUAAAUCAAGUAAUAUCUUGAAGUGGCAAGCCUCAAUUAUCAUCGAUUCUACCCUGGAGUUAUCAGCUGGACCCCUCAUCAAGAGGCAGUGUGUUCGACCGAAACCUGAUCAGCUGGCAAAGACUUCUGAAAAAUCAAAGAAGUAUGAGUCUGUUCAAGGGACCCAAGCCAACAACUUCCUCACAGAAUUGUAA